AAAAAAAAAAAAAAAAAAAAAAAUGAGUUCAAUUUUUGAAAUAAAAUUAGGAGAACCACGGCCAAAAACAAGUUGGGUAUGGCCAUAUUUUGAAGUAAAGACUUUACAAGAUGGAGAAAGUGUAGCGACUUGUAAUAUUUGUAAUAAAACUUUUAAACAUGGUGGAUCCACUUCAAAUUUAAUAAAUCAUCUGGCUAAAACUCAUAAAGUUUUUAAACCUGAUAAUAAUAAUUACAAUAAUUCAAGUGGCAGUGGGCUUAAUAACAAUAAUAAAAGAGGAAGUUAUAGUAGUGUUAGCGGUGUUAAUGAAUUUUCAAGUAAUUUUGGAGGUGAAUUUGUAGCUCAAGUUAAUACUAUUUAUGAUCCUAAUCAACAACAACAAAAUUAUCCAUUAUUACCACAAUAUCCUUUAGAGGAAGAAAUGUUACAUCAUCAUCCUCAUGUGGUAGAUGGUGAUAUAAAUGUUAGAAAAAUUAAACAUCAAAAAUUAAUUCAAAAUCAUCCGUUGGAAUUUUUAUUUGGAACUUGGUAUGGACAAGGUAGUGGCAGAUUCGAAGGUAUUAAUGACUUUAUUUAUAAUGAAGAAAUUACCAUUUACCCCGAUGAAGCUGGUAGAGGUUGGUUAUAUUAUAAGCAGAGAACGUGGAAUCCUAUGAAAAACAAUUCAAAUUUUCAUAGCGAAAUGGGAUAUAUUAGAACGCCUGGAAUGAGCGAUAAAGUUGAAUUAGUUUUGGCUCAACCAACUGGAAUCGCUUCAAUCGAAGAAGGUAGGAUUGAUGGUACCACAAUUAUGUUUAGAUCAACCAAUAUCUCAAGAUCCGCCACUGCUAAGCCUCCUCAUGUUGUAGAGUACACUCGGACUUGGAUGGUAGAUCCUAUAAACGACACAAUGACAUAUGUAUUUAAUAUGUCAACACAAAGUAAGCAAAUGGCUCAACAUCUUAAUGCCACCUUAAGAAGAGUUUCUUUCUUAAACAAUAAUCUCUGAUUAAAUUCUAAUUAAGCAUUAUUCAUAUAUUAAGAGAAGUAAAAAGAAAUAAAGGUCAAUGCAGUAAUGUAUUAAUAAGGUUAAAUUAAUAAUAAAAAAAAAAAUCUAAGGCUAAUAUUAUUUAUAAAAUAUAUGAUUUAAUAAUUUUAUGAAAUAAUACAGUUAUGGUUAGGCUAG